UGCGUCAGUUAGCCUCCGCGCUCGUGGAAGUUGGUCGUGUGCAACUCCCUACUUCUCGUCGGAUUCAACUGUCGAAACAAGUUAAACUGUAUGCGAUCUUAUAAGAACUUUAUUUUAUUAUUAAACCAUCGCGAUGGACUUACAAAUAUCGUCCGCCUCACGUCAUAUUGUAUUUUUUUCAUAAUGUUAGAAACUUUUGAAGUGAAGUAGUGUAUUUUAUCUUUGCGAACGUUACGCAGGUGUAACAAAAACUUUGUGCAUUGUUUUGUCAAGAGACGUUAACUGUUGAAAAGUCAGAGUUUUAAAUUUGACUCUUCUCUUGUUCCUGUUGUAAACCUGUAACGUGUUGAAAAGAGACAAAAUGAGGUCCUCUCGUGGAAGGACGACAGGUGUGGCGGCGCUCGCGCUUAUGUUGGCAGCACUAACAGGAUGUUCGGCUCAGAACCUGAGGAUAUUUCCGAUGCAGAAGCAGCAAACGGUGGCUGUUGGGAAGUCUGUGGUGCUAACGUGCCAGGCUGAUGCGUCAGACCCCGCCCUAGUGUCACAACCGCAGUGGAGGGAUCCUAAAGGACAGAUUAUAAAUGAGGCUGCGUCUGGCACGCGCCCGGAAAUCUACACCGAGCCAAUGCCCGCGAAACAACUUCAGCUAUUAUACAUAUCGUCAAUCACGCCGGCGAUGGCAGGCAAUUACACUUGUGAAGCAACCUUUACCAACAUGCCGCUCAGUGCUAGCGUUAUUCUGGACACUUUUGUGGCAAUUACCUGGACAAAUGCGAAUGAAAAUCAGUAUGCGACGAAAGGAAAAGACUUUAAAGUAAUGUGCGAAGUGACUGCAGAGCCUGCACCUUCAGUGGAUUGGUUCAAGGAAGGCACUCCCAUUUUGACUGGUGAUCGAUACGUCAUUGAUGUAAACGGUUUAUUAAUUAAAAGUAUUGAGGAAAGUGACGAUGGAACAUACACAUGCAGGGCUGUUGUCAUUCAAACUGGAGAACUAGCUGAAAGGAAUAUUAAACUCGAGGUAUACACAGCUCCAGAAAUGGAAGAAAGAGAAACAAGAGUGGUCAUUAAAGAAGGAGAGUCUGCGUCAAUCACCUGCAAAGCAAGAGGAAAGCCACCACCAACGUAUUCUUGGAUUAAAGCUUCAACACGAGAGAAUUUGGGAACUGCCUCUCGGUUCAGCGUGAACGAAAUUAAAGGUCUACUUACAUUUGACCGCGUAGAGGCUGGUGACUACGGCAAAUAUAUUUGCAGUGCUGUCAAUCAGGCGGGUCAUAACGAGACGGAAAUCGAAGUAGAGGUUUUAGUUCCACCAAAAAUAUUUGAACUAUAUAACACAACCGCUGCCGAGAAAACCGAAGGCAGAUUAGAAUGUAAAGCUUCAGGAAGACCUGCACCAAGGAUUAGCUUUAGGAAAUUAAGCAGCUCUGAGCGGCUUUUAAAUGGUCCUAAUGAUGAUGGAAGAAUCAUAAUUGAAACCAGUAAUCGCCAAACCGGUGAUCAGAUGCAAUCAAGUGCGGUGAUUACUAUUACGUCUUUGAAUAGAACUGACGAUGGUUUAUAUGAAUGUGUCGCUGAAAACGAAGGAGGUGAAGCGAGAAAGAACGGACAUUUAACUGUUCAAUUUAAGCCAACAUUUGAUCAUAUGACGAAUGUACCGAUCUGGAGUUGGAAUUCACAACCUGUAAACAUCAGUUGCAUUGCCGAAAGUAUUCCCAAUGCAACUAUCAAAUGGAAGUUCCACGAUGUCGAUCUAAUCGAGUCUCCUCAAGUGAGAAUAUACGGAUCGGGACCCAUAAGCUACGUCACCGUCACGCCCACCGAUAGAAGUCUUUACGGCGUUUACAAAUGUUUAGCGACCAACACAUUGGGAGAGGCCGAGCAUAUCAACCAAUUAAGAGAAGCUUUCCCUCCAGGCACUGUUACUCAAGCUAAACAAGAGACUAUCACAGCCACUUCCGUAUCAUUCAACAUAGUUGGGCCGCCCGAAGAAAUGGGCCCUCCGAUCCUAGCAUACACCACUCAAUACAAGGAAAACGGCAACUACGAUUGGAAUUUAGCUAUGAAUAGAACGUGGUCUGCUAACUCCCCUUACAUCGUUGAGAACUUGAGACCUAUGUUCUCCUAUGACUUUAGAUUUGCGGCAGUAAAUCGAGUUGGCGUUGGAAGUUGGGGCGCGCCAAUCACUGUUAUUAUGCCUAGGAGGUCUCCUCCGGAACAACCUAAGUGGAGAGAAGCAGUGAGUUCUGAAUCAUUGAUUCAUGGAAAGUUUGCCGAUAGAUACGAAUUACAAUGGAAAGUGCCGGCUCACAACGGUGAACCAAUCGAUAUGUAUGAAAUAAGCUAUUGUCCAGUCAUGAAAGUUAGCGGUGAAUGGCGCAUCUCAGGAGAAUCAGAUUGUUUGACGGAAGAGCUAAAGUCAUACGAAGCUAUUAACUACGAAGUCCGAGGUCUUCAGCCAGACACUAGAUACAGAAUGCACGUCAGAGCUCACAAUAUACUGGGCUACUCCUUGCCAGCCCAGCUCUACGUACAGACGGCCCUCGGUGUCGAACGCUCAGGAUUUGCACCUCCUCAACUGCUUUCAAGCGGAGCCAUAGUUGGGAUAGCGCUCGCCGGUGUCCUCAUCUGUCUUCUCAUAGUGGAUCUCCUCCUUUUCUGCUUCCGAAGGCAAGGUGUCAUUGCAACGAUUUGUGGUAAACGCGUUAAGACCCACAAGGAUGAUGAAACAAAAUUAGGAAGUCUGUACGGUUGGCGCUUCCCGCUCCCUUAUUGCAGCACGAAGCCGCGAGCCCCGCCCUCACCCGCGCCGCUGCCGCCUCCGGUCAAGCUCGUGCCGACACCAACGGAUGAAAAGGAGCCGCUGAAGGAGACAGGCGAUGAUGCUAUCAAAAGGAAUUCUUCGGUAGAGUUUGACGGCCGCAGAGUUUACGCCACUAGUGGAGGACCUAUUAUUGGAAAAAACUCAGCGGUUUAAAUGUACUACUAUUCGGUUAGCUAUUUUGUUGUACUAAAUCAAAUAUUUCCAGCGCUUUGAGCGUGAAACUAGCCUGAAAUUAAGAAAUUUUUAACUUUACACAACGGCACUGGAAGGUUGUAUCUUUCCUACCUGAAGCUUAUUAUACUACUUACGCAUUCGUGCGUUUUGACAGCACGCAAUUACAAUAUUAAUAUAAAUGUUUGAUAUUGGUACAACAUUAUGGUUUGGAUAAGGACACUCAAAUUGUUAGCGAGAAGCUUGUGUAUUUGUGAUGAGCGCGACCAGUAUUUAUAACUGCCAAAAGACGAAUAACGUAUUUGUUAUGGAAGCUUUUUGUUUAUGUUACUAUGGGAUUAGGCACUGACAUUUAAUCAUCCUAGGAGGAUAUUUUUCUACUUUUAAUACUCUAACACGUAAUAAUUAAACAGAUUUAGACAAGAUUUUAUAAUACAAUUUUGUACUUAUAAAAUCGCUUCAAAGGUACAAAAUGUGCCUUUUAUGAUCGGUUCAUUUGUAAAUAAUUAUAAGUUUUAGAACGUAAGUUUGGUUUAAUGUUUGGCUAUGCUGAAAUAUGUAAUCCUUAUACCAGUGAUCUUUUGCUAAUUUAUUUAAUCCCUAGAGGGUUAAUCACAAAAUAUAUUUAUAAGUCAUGCAUUUAAUGUACUUUAAGAUGUGUAAAUAAUUAGUAAUAGUGUUAUGUAAAUAUUAUGUACACACACUUAAAUCAUAAAUUUUUCAAUAGAAUAGUUUCCCAAUUAUCUUAGAUAUAGACGUGGGUAUUAUAAAUUGACUUAAAUAGGUAUUUUAUGUCACUUUUCAUUCUUCAUUUAAAUAGGACGAAUUAAUUUUAAACUCACCAUAAUGAUAAUAAGAUCUUAGUUAUAAAAUUGCUCUCUUUAACAUAAAUCAGUAGGUUUAAAAGUAUUAUUCUAAGUUUUAGUAUCUGGCGCGCUUUAGCUGUUAUGUGUCUGAUAAUUUCUGAAGUAGCGCGAAUAGCGAGUACAGAGACACUUGGUAACAGAUUAAAGUAUAUAAUCACAUAUAUAAGUGGCGUAAAGUCUUUUUCAAUGUUGUUUAUUUAUUUUCUGACGCUUUUAUAUGUAAUGCUCACUGUUGUCCAUAAAAAAACACUUUGAUUUUCGCCAAAGUUACUUUUAAAUAGUUUGUUAUUGUCUAGUAUCUCUCUUCAGUCGGUAGAUCAUGUCUGUCUGUCGUGGUCAGCAAGGAAUCUUCUGAAGCAGACAAUCAGUUUCCACUAGUUUUGAGACCGAUAAAUCUUUCACUUGAUCGGUCCAUCUGUUUGGUAGACAGCCACGUGAAUUUUUGCCUUCUGUGUUACUAACCAUGAUCAGUUCUCAUCGCCUAUAACUUCAAAGUCAAAAUAACUUAUGAACGUCAGAAAAGUAGUUAUAUUAUUGCUAUAUUUAAGCAUUGUCUGGUACACUUGGAAGGAAAUAUAACACUGCCCUUUGCGGUCCUUUUUUAGGUACUACUCAAAUAAUGAUUGCUGGUUCAUACAUUACUUAGUCACUAUAAGAUAUUUUUAUAACAAUAUGUAUUGUCAGCUCUUAGAAUAUACGAAUAUAUUUAUAACAGCUGGCGCCUUUGCAAUUUUACUUCAAACGUAGUAUAGUCUAAUCUAGAUUAUGAAAUAUCACGUAAUUUAUCUACAUUGGUCAACGUUGAUAAAGUUAUCGCUAUCGGUGGUUAGAUUGGAAUACAUUAUUUAUGCACCCGUCUUAAACGAUAAUGUUAAAAAUAUGGAGCUUUUAAAAGUUAAAUGUAUUUCUUGACUUCAGACACGUCAAACAAAUGGCAGAGCUACUAAAAUAAUUGCUAAGCGUAGUCUUGACGUAGCUCUUAAAUUUGAGUGGCCUUGUUGGGCUAAAUUUAUCAAGGGCUUCAUAGGAACUAAGAUUUGUGUAAGCGGCUUUUGUAAGACGUUAUACGUGAAGCAUUUUUAUAAAAUAAAUGUAUUUCAAACUG